CAGUUUUGUUUUUUGCUGUGGCGAAAAGUGAGGUUAUGCUGCUAGGACGAAUGCGCAAGCCCCCCACGGAAAAGUCUUUUCACCCCGGUCUCGCAAAGCACGUGGAGGAAAAGUUUUCUUUCUGUUGAAAAAUUGCGCAGCGGAAUAUUUGCUAGAAGAGUCGCGAGGGCACCAACAAGGCACAAUGAAUGCGGAGAAGCUCAAGAAACUCCAGAGCCAGGUGAGAAUUGGCGGGAAGGGGACUCCAAGGAGAAAGAAGAAGGUAGUUCAUACCACGGCAGCCACGGAUGACAAGAAGCUACAGUCAUCGCUCAAGAAGCUGGCCGUGAACACCAUUCCCGGCAUCGAGGAGGUCAAUAUGAUCAAAAAUGAUGGGAGUGUGAUUCAUUUCAACAAUCCCAAGGCUCAGGCUUCUCUGGCAGCAAACACUUUUGCCAUUACCGGACACGGAGAGAACAAACAGAUCGCCGAAAUGCUGCCGGGAAUCCUGACUCAGCUCGGACCUGAGGGUCUCAAUCAACUCAAGAGGAUUGCCAGUAAUGUCGUGGUGGGUAAUAAAUUGCUUAGCAGUGUCACUGAGGAAGACGAUGUGCCCAAUUUGGUUGAGAACUUCGAAGAGGCAUCAAAGAAGGAAGUGCGCGAUAAGCCCACAAAUCCUUUCAUAGAGACCGCUGAAGUGGCUCAGCUGGCUCAAACUGCAACUCCGGCAGUUGCUCCAGAAGCAGGCAAAGCAGCUGAACCGCCAGCACCAUCCGCACAGCCUGAAAAAGCUCCAGAGCCGACUAAAGUAGAGCCAGCAAAGCAGGAGGCAGCACAGAAACCUGUAGAGACUCCAAAGCCUGCUCCUGAAGCCGUUAAGGCACCGGAAGUAGCUGCACAAGCCCAGAAAGUAGCCCCAGUGGCAGCUGAAGCUGAGAAGCCAGCACCAGUUGCAACAGAAGCACAAAAAUCCGCUGCUGAACCUCCAAAAACUGCUGCAGAAGUACUAAAAGCCGCACCGGAAGCUCCUAAAGUCGCUGAAGUGCCCAAACAGGUUCAGCAGCCAGCUCAGGCAACUCCUAAAGCUGCAGAGUCCCCAAAGCCAGUGCAGGAGGCUCCAAAACCAGCCCAAGAACCUGCUAAAGCUGCUGAAGCACCGAAAUCAACUCAGUCUGCUCCACAAAAAGCACAGGAACCUCCAAAAGCCGCUGAAGUCCCCAAAUCUGUUCCGGACGCCCCCAAACAAGAUCAGAAGGCAGCUAAGGAAACUUCCAAAGCUGCUGAAGCUCCAAAGAAAGUGCAAGAGUUACCGAAGCCGGCUCAGGAGCCUCCAAAGCCAGCUCAGGAAGCUCCAAAGCCCGUUCAGGAAGCCCCGAAACCAGCCCAGGAAGCUCCAAAGGCAGCGCAGGAAGCCCCUAAGCCAGCCCAUGAAGCUCCAAAGCCAGCGCAGGAGCCUCCAAAACCAGUUCAGGAAGCUCCAAAGCCAGUUCAGGAAGCUCCAAAGUCAGUCCAGGAGCCUCCAAAAGCAGCACAGGAGCCUCCAAAGCCAGUUCAGGAGCCUCCAAAGCCAGUUCAAGACGCCCCUAAGCCAGCCAAGGAGCCUCCAAAGGCAGCCCAAGAGCCUUCAAAGCCAGCACAGGGGCCUGCAAAACCAGUUCAGGAGCCUCCAAAGCCAGCUCAGGAGCCUCCAAAGCCAGUUCAGGAAGCUCCAAAGCCUGCUCAGGGGCCUCCAAAGCCAGCCCAAGAAGUCACAAAAGCAGCUCAGGAGCCUCCAAAGCCAGUUCAGGAAGCUCCAAAGCCAGCUCAGGAGCCUCCAAAGCCAGCUCAGGAGCCUCCAAAGCCAGCUCAGGGGCCUCCAAAGUCAGUCCAGGAGCCUCCAAAGUCAGUCCAGGAACCUCCAAAACCAGCUCAAGAAGCCGCGAAGCCAGUACAGGCGGUUCCUGGAGAUCAGAAACCAAAGCCUGAAGCCCAAAAGGCCGCUCCUGAAGCACAAAAACCGUCCACUGAGCAAUCAGCUGCGCCUCCAUCUCUUGCUGCAGCUCAGUCCUGUCCAGUGGUAGCUGCUGCCAAGGAAACUUCUCCUCCAAGUGCUCCUGCCAGUCUUCCUCCCAAAGAAUCAACCCCGGUAGCUCCAGCGGCUCAAGGAGAGGCUCCCAAGGCUCCAGAAAGUGCUGCCGCUUCAGCUCCUGAAGCUCCAGCAACUGAAGUGAAGCAAGGGGCCGGAAAACAGGGUAAUAAGAAGGGUGCAGGUAAGAAGGAGAGCCCACCUCAAGGGGCUGCUGGAGAACCAAAGAAGCCGGAAGAGAAGAAGAAAGCCGAACCGAAGAAGGAGGCCAAGAAGGCCAACGAACCAAAGAAGUCUGACGAUGGUGCCAAGAAAGCCGAUUCACCGAAGAAGACGGCUGAAGUGAAGCCCAAGGAGGCGCCAAAGAAGAACGAAAAACCCGCCAAGGGCAAGAAGGAGGCUGAGGAAAAAGCCCCCUAGUCAACUCAUUUAGUUUGAUGUUCCUAACAAGAAUCUGUGGACUGUUUAAUUAUUUUUUUCUCAAACUAACAAGUAGUGAUUAAUUUUUAUUUAGUCAACUCUCAAAAUACUCGAAUUUCUCGAAACUAACCCAAAGCCUGAAUUUAGUGAAUGAAUUUAAAAAAAAAAAAACAAAUACUUUAAGUGUUCACCUUUUUCUAAUCAAUCGCUCAAAUUGCUGCACUCAAAAUUCUUCCCGGAAGGAGCUUUUGUGGGGAUGAGUGUGGUGUUAGUCAAUCAGUAGUUUUUUGCUCAAUAUCAUCCUAAAACAAAUUGAUUAAAAUCAAUUUCUAUUGCUUCCAGAGGUAAUAAAGAAUCUCGCGAUAGAAGAACGUAUUACCAAAAUUGAAAACAUUGUAUUUUAUGUAUUUUUAAUCAAAAAUUUAAUAAAAUACUCAUUCAAAUAAAAAUAAA